AAAUAAAAAAAGUGAGAGCAAAAGCUGUGUGUGUAUAUGUAUGUGUAGAAGUAAUAUACACACAUACAUACAUAGAUUUCCAUACGCACAAACAAGCAGAAAAUUACAAACACGAAAUUGCAGCAAAAGCAGAACCAGAAACCGAUACUGAAACUGAAACAAGAAAAAAACUGAAAAUGCACAGCAACAACAGCGGCGGCGGCGGCGGUAAUUACCCCAACAACAACCACACCGGCAGCAGCUAUAACAACAGAAUCAAUAUCAACAGUAAUCAUUAUUAUAAUCAUCAACAACAAAAUACAAAAUUAUUACGUGUUUAUGAUCGUGUUACGACAUCAAAAAUCUUAAUAAGCGGCAUACCGCUGCAAACACGUUUCGAAGACAUCGAACCGCUACUGAAGCCCUAUGGCAUCGUCAAACAGUGUGAGGCUAUUUCUAGUAAGGAUCAAAAUACUCAAACAGUACAUAUAACAUUCGAAAAUCCUGAGCAGGCGCAAAGAGCUGCUGGUGGCCUGAACGGCGUCGAAUUCGAGGGCAGUAAACUGCACGCCGAGCAAUUGGACAAAAAUCAACGCCGAAGCAUACGCAAUCAGCGCAAUCCGUAUCCGGGAAUGCCGGGACCCGGCCGCCAGGCGGACUUUCCGCUACGCAUUCUGGUGCAGAGCGAGAUGGUGGGCGCCAUCAUUGGCAGACAGGGCACAACCAUACGCACCAUCACACAACAGAGUCGGGCCCGUGUCGAUGUGCAUCGCAAGGAGAAUGUUGGCUCCCUCGAAAAGUCCAUUACGAUUUAUGGCAAUCCGGAGAACUGUACCAAUGCGUGCAAGCGCAUACUGGAAGUUAUGCAACAAGAGGCAUUGUCCACAAAUAAGGGUGAGAUCUGCUUGAAGAUACUCGCCCAUAAUAAUUUAAUUGGUCGCAUCAUUGGAAAGAGCGGCAACACGAUUAAACGCAUUAUGCAGGAUACGGAUACGAAGAUAACCGUUAGUUCCAUCAACGACAUCAACAGCUUCAAUCUGGAGCGUAUCAUCACGGUGAAGGGCCUCAUCGAGAACAUGUCCCGUGCAGAAAACCAAAUCAGCACCAAACUGCGCCAAAGCUAUGAGAACGAUUUGCAGGCAAUGGCGCCUCAGAGCCUCAUGUUCCCCGGUCUCCAUCCCAUGGCAAUGAUGUCGACACCGGGCAACGGCAUGGUCUUCAACACAAGCAUGCCGUUCCCCUCGUGUCAAAGCUUUGCCAUGUCCAAGACACCGGCCAGCGUGGUGCCACCGGCCUUCCCCAACGAUAUGCAGGAGACCACGUUUCUCUAUAUACCAAACAAUGCAGUUGGGGCCAUCAUUGGCACCAAGGGCUCGCACAUACGCAGCAUAAUGCGCUUCUCGAGCGCAUCCCUCAAAAUUGCGCCCCUCGACGCCGACAAGCCGCUGGACCAACAAACGGAGCGCAAGGUCACGAUUGUUGGCACACCGGAGGGUCAGUGGAAGGCGCAGUAUAUGAUAUUUGAGAAGAUGCGCGAGGAGGGUUUCAUGUGCGGCACGGACGAUGUGCGCCUAACCGUUGAGCUGCUUGUCGCCAGCUCCCAGGUCGGACGCAUCAUUGGCAAGGGCGGACAGAACGUGCGUGAGUUGCAACGUGUGACGGGUAGCGUCAUUAAGCUGCCAGAGCAUGCGCUGGCGCCACCCUCAGGCGGCGAUGAAGAGACACCUGUGCACAUCAUUGGGCCAUUCUACAGCGUUCAGUCUGCACAGCGACGAAUUCGUGCCAUGAUGCUAUCGACAAAUCCGCCACCAGUGACCAAAAAACAGAAGGCUGCCAAAGAACAACAAUUGCAACAACAACAACAACAACAACAGCAACAGCAACAACAACAGACAUUAGCCGGCGCUGCGCCAAGUGGGACUCAACAGCAGCAGCCGCAGCAGCAGCAACAACAACAGCAGCAGCAGCAGCAACAGUCGCCGUCGCAGCAGCAGCAGCCGCUGCCGCCGCAAUCACAUCAUCAAUCGUCGUCGGCGUCGUCGGCGCCACCUGCGCAUCAUCAGCAGCAGCAGGCGUCGUCGACAGCGUCCUCACAUCAAUUGCAGCAGCAGCAGCCGUCGCCGCCGCCCGGCAACAAUGCAUCGGCUGCCACCCAACAACAACAGCAGCAGCAGCAGCAGCAACAACAGCAGCAGCAGCUGGCGAGUUCACAGCAGUAAGAAGCUGCAGCAGCCGUGUGUGGGACUGGGGCAGGGGCAAGGGCAGUGCAGAAGAGUCGGGCAAAACUCAACUGGAACAACAACGUCAAGAAUUUACCAUAAUGCCAAUAGCAAGAAGACAAACCUACAUUUGGAUUUCUUUGAACUUCAAUCAGGCAACAACUUGCAGUUGUUGCAACAUCAGCAGAAGCAACAUGAAGAUCAACAGCAACAACAACAGCAACUCUCGUCCCUCUGCAGCUCAACAAGAAGAGCAAGAGAAUUGAUAGUAAUGCAACAGCGAAUGAGCAGCCAAAGAGCAGCAGCGCAGCGCUCUCUAGCAGCUAGGAAGGAGAGCGAGAAGGCAAUGUGUACAACUGUCAAAUGCUUGCUUAUCAAAUAAAACACAGGGUGUUCCCAGCAUGAGGCGCCUAAAUGUUGAAUGGCAACGCACUGAAUUGUUGUUUCUCAUGGUGUGACUGCUCAAGUUUUUGAAAUUGUUUAUCAUUUCUAUUAAACAACAAACACACAACCAGACACACACGCACACCACACACACAUACCACACUUACCACUCAUACAUAAUUGAAGAGAGAUAGAUGCCCGAUCUUUAUUCAGCAGCUUUUUACCACUAAGCCAGUCCCCCUCUGCAGAUGAAUAUUUUGCCUCAUGAAAAGAAUGAGGAGGAGAGUAACACACAACAAAAAGAAACACAACUAAACAAAACCAAGGACAAGGCAGCGCACACAACCAACCGACCUCGAAAUGAUGCCAAGAAAUGUGUGUUUAGGGCCAAACGCUUUUACUAUGAUGGAACUCUAUGCAAAUGUACCCGAGAUUCUAUUUGAUAUAUAGUAUAUAUAAUAUAUGUAUGUGACUAAACUACUGUAACUACUACUAUAUACCACACGAGCCGAAAACUCAACAAUUCCCCUACCUAAAGCAAAACUUGUCUAAAUUAUGAAUUUAUUACAUGUGUAGCAUGUGUAUCUGCAAAACUAAGGCAUAAAAAUGUAAAAA